AUGUCACUCACUAAUGACGAGCGAAGAGUAGCGACAGAGAAAGAAGAAAGGGGAAUGUUGGUGGGUCAGCCAUGGAUGGGUCCUGUGUGUGAAGCCAGAUCACCAUAUGUGGAGGUGGAAGAUGGAGGUGCUGGGAGAGAGGGAGAGACUUGGAGCUACAUCUGCAGCCCAGCACUGUUCUUUUGGACAAAAUACGCGACAACAAGUUUUUCCUGGCAUUCUAAUCUCAUAAACUAUGAACGCAAUAAAGGAGCAUACAAGGAAUCAAUCCUUUAUAUAGGCCAAGACUUAGCAAGGAGUAUCAAGUUUAACCACCUCACUUACAGGUUAUCAGCUUGA